CAAUUUAUAUCCUUUUGUAAACAAUCAGAAAGAUAUCAAAGUAGCUCUCAGUUUUACCUUUGCUUUCCUCUGUUCUUUUUCUUCGUCUUCAACCUUUCAUCAUCUUCAUCAAAAUCUUAUCAAGCGUUCCAUCUGACCUACUUUAUGAAAGAAGACAAGAAUAGUCAAGAAAAACCAUUCCAUCAUUUCAAUUGAAUAACCAAAAGUGACACUCGAAUGGUAUUAUGCAAAACGGGGUAGUGAUGUAAUCGAUUUGAUCCAAAUUUCCAAAUGAAUUACCAAUUUAAUUUAUUCAUUUUCUAGCUCAUGUGUACUACUUCCCACUAUAUAAACGCCCCUUGACAGAACGAGUCUGAGUAUAUCACCAAAGACCCAGUUAUGGCGAUGCAAGGAUCUCUGUUUCUAGGCGUAGUGCUUCUACUUGUUACAGGCUUUAGAUGGACAAGCAGUGAAGCUUCUACAGCCAGUACUCCUAUCUAUGGCACUGGUUUCCUCAACAGGACUAGUUUCCCAGCAGGUUUCAUAUUUGGGACAGGUUCAGCGUCUUAUCAGUUUGAAGGUGCUGCUAAAGAAGGUGGUAGAGGACCGAGCAUAUGGGAUACCUACACCCACGAACAUCCAGAAAGGAUCAAGGAUGGAAGCAAUGGAGAUGUCGCUAAUGAUCAAUAUCACCACUAUAAGGAAGAUGUGGGGAUUAUGAAGAAUAUGAAUUUGGAUGCUUAUAGGUUCUCUAUCUCAUGGUCAAGAUUAUUACCAAAUGGAAAGCUAAGUGGGGGAGUGAACAAGGAAGGAGUCAAGUACUACAACAAUCUCAUCAAUGAACUCCUACGCAAUGGUCUAAAGCCAUUUGUGACCAUCUUUCAUUUUGAUCUUCCCCAAUCUUUAGAAGACGAAUAUGGCGGUUUCUUAAGCCCUAACGUUGUCAAGCAUUUUCGGGACUAUGCGGAGCUGUGUUACAAGGAAUUUGGUGAUCGGGUAAAGCACUGGGUCACGUUGAAUCAGCCAUGGGCAUACAGUAAUGGUGGUUAUGCAACCGGGUCAAAGGCACCAGGACGGUGUUCUGCGUGGCAGCAGCUAAAUUGCACCGGCGGGGAUUCGGGUACUGAACCAUAUUUGGUGGGACACCACCUACUCCUUUCUCAUGCAGCUGCUGUAAAGUUGUACAAGCAGAAAUAUCAGGCAUCUCAAAAAGGAGUUAUAGGGGUGACCCAUGUGUCUCACUGGUUCAUUCCAAUUUCAGGGGCAAAGCACAACAAAAAUGCUGCCUUACGAUCUUUGGAUUUUAUGCUUGGAUGGUUCAUGGACCCUUUGACAAGCGGAGACUAUCCACACAGCAUGCGAUCUGUCGUCGGAAACCGAUUACCCAAAUUCACAAAAGAACAAUCCAAGUUGCUAAUUGGAUCAUUUGAUUUUAUUGGACUAAAUUACUAUACUACUUACUACGCAACAUAUACACCUCAGAACAAUUCUUUAAACGCAAGCUACUUGACAGACGUUCGUGCUUCUCAAUCAUUUGCGCUAAAUGGCGUCCCCAUUGGUCCACAGGCUGCUUCAUCAUGGCUAUAUGUUUAUCCAAAAGGAAUUAGAGACCUUUUACUCUACACAAAGACAAAGUAUAAUAAUCCACUUAUUUACAUUACUGAGAAUGGCAUUGAUGAGUUCAAUGAUCCCAAAUUAUCACUUGAGGAAGCCCUCUAUGACACUCACAGAGUUGACUAUUACUUCCGCCACCUCUAUUACCUUCAAAAAGCAAUCAAGGAAGGUGUGAACUUGAAGGGCUACUUUGCAUGGUCAUUGCUAGACAACUUCGAAUGGGGUUCGGGUUACACAGUUCGAUUUGGUAUCAACUAUGUGGAUUACAAAAAUGGAAACAAAAGGCACCCAAAACUCUCGGCACAUUGGUUCAAAAACUUCCUCAAGAAGUAUUGAUUGAGUGUGAGAAAAUAAGAGUGUAACUUGUAAUGCAGGCAUAUGGAAUAAGCAGAUGAAUCGUAGUGAGAACAUCAGUAGUGAAUAAAACCAAGCCGCAAUAAAACCAGCCCUAAGUGCAGAAGCAUCA